AUGCAGUUUAGUUGUUGUCAUGAUACCCAUUCUAUUGUUUCUUUUGUUGUAUUAGUUUCUUUGUUGUUUACCCCAAUCAUCUCCUCAAAGGAUUUCCGAGAAAAGAAUGGAACUUCCAUCGCGGGCAACAAGUCGAAGAACAUGAAGUUGAUUAAUGCCCAACUUCGAAAGAUCAACAAGCCUUUUGUUAAGUCAAUUAAGAGCCCAGAUGAUGACAUAAUAGACUGUGUUUUAUUUCAUCUUCAGCCAGCUUUUGAUCUUCCCGAGUUAAGAGAAAAAAUAUCAUUGAUUCAAGUACCAGAGUUACCAAAAACACAUGCUAAAGCGGGAACGAACUCAGAAAUCAAGCAGUUAUGGCAUUCAAAGGGUGAAUCAUGCCCAAAUGGAACCAUUCCAAUUAAAAGAACAACUGCCAGUGACAUUUCAAUUUUCAAGUCAGCAAAAAAAUAUAGUAGAAAAAACCUUGUUUCUGCAAACUAUGAGCAUGCAACUGGAUAUGUACAGGGAGAAUUCCAUGGAGCAAAUGCGGAAUUAAAUGUAUGGAAACCAUACAUUUCUAGCAAUGAUUUUAGUCGUUCACAAAUCUGGGUUUUGUCGUACGUUGGAGCUAAUCUUGCAAACAGUGUUGAAGCUGGUUGGGAGAGAAUUUCCAUUUUCAAUAUAAUUGUUAAUUGCCUUAAAUGA